UUUUAAAUUUUACUACCAGUGAGAAACGCAAUAUAGUCCGAUUGAUAAUUUUUUUUGAAUUUAAGUUGUACUUCAUUCAUAUUUCGUAAAGCAUGAAGAUAUUCUUUUUAAUAGGAAUUACAUUAAUAGGCUUAACUCAAGCCAAAGAUUGGUGGGAGAACGGUAAUUUUUACCAAAUAUACCCCAGAUCUUUCAAAGAUAGUAACGGUGAUGGCGUCGGUGAUUUGAAUGGCAUCGCCGAAAAAUUACCAUAUUUAAAGGAAAUUGGAAUCGCCGGAGCUUGGUUAUCACCAAUAUUUAAGUCUCCAAUGGUAGAUUUUGGUUAUGAUAUAGCCGAUUACCGUGUUAUCCAUCCAGAAUUUGGCACAAUGGAAGAUUUUAAAAAUUUAAUCAAAAAGGCAAAAGAAAUUGGAAUGAAAAUUUUUUUAGAUUUUGUGCCAAAUCAUACAAGUGACGAAAGUGAAUGGUUCAAAAAAUCGGUGCAACGUAUAGAACCAUACACCGAUUAUUAUAUCUGGCAUGAUGGUAUUAUUGAUGAAAAUGGUGAAAGAAAGCCACCCACAAAUUGGGUAAGUGCAUUUCGUUACAGUGCAUGGGAAUGGAAUGAAGAUCGUAAACAAUACUAUUUGCAUCAAUUUGCCAUUAAACAACCAGAUUUAAAUUAUCGUAAUCCAAAAGUUGUUACUGAAAUGAAAAAUGUCAUCAAAUUUUGGCUUGAUAUUGGUGUUGAUGGUUUUCGUAUUGAUGCUGUACCAUACAUGUUUGAAAUCGAAGCUGAUAAAAAUGGUAAUUAUCCUGAUGAACCUAUUAAUGAAAAUUGCCCGAAUCCUGAUGACAAUUGUCAUACAAAGAAAAUUUAUACACAAGAUCAAAUAGAAACGUAUGAUAUGAUUUAUCAAUGGCGUGAAUUAUGUGAUGAAUACAAAAAAGAACAUGGUGGUGAUACUAGAAUUUUGUUCACUGAAGCCUAUACAUCAUUAGAAAAUGAAAUUAGAUAUUAUGGCGAUGGAAAACGUAAUGGUUCCCAUGUAGCAUUCAAUUUUGAAUUAAUAUCUUAUACAAAUAUGGGCAGUACAGCUGCUGAUUUCAAUAAACAUAUUGACUCAUGGUUAAAUAAAAUACCAAAAGAUGUAAUUGCUAACUGGGUUUUAGGUAAUCAUGACAACCAUAGAUUAGCAUCGAGAUAUGGACCGGCACGAACUGAUUUAUUUAAUAUCAUGUUAAACACUUUACCAGGAAAUGCAAUUACAUACAAUGGUGAAGAAAUUGGUAUGACAGAUGUUUGGAUAUCGUGGGAAGAUUCAGUUGACCCACAAGCUUGUAAUACUGAUCCGGAUCGUUAUUAUGCUGUAUCAAGAGAUCCAGCUCGAACACCAUUCCAAUGGGACGCUUCAAAUCUUGCAGGAUUCAGUUCAAGUACAAACUCUUGGUUACCAGUUGCUAAAAAUUACACAAUAAAUAAUGUUUUAAUGCAAUCGAGAUCUCCAGUUAGUCAUUUACAAGUUUUCAAAAAAUUAACGAAACUACGUCAAGAACCGGCGUUCCAAACAAAAACUUUAAAUGAAAAAAUCGUUCACAACAACGUUCUACUUUAUAGAAGAGAAGGAAAAGGUGACAAUUAUAUAAUAGUUUUAAAUUUUGGAAAAAAUAGUGAAACAAUUAAUUUAAAAGAAAAAUUCCCAUCCAUCACAAACAAAGUUGAAAUUAUAACUACUUCAAUUCAAUCAAAAUACACCGACGGAGAAAUAGUUGACGCUACUAAAUUUGUGGCUGAAGGCGAGGUUGGAACUGUUGUUGUAUCAGUUUAAAGGGCUUUUAUCGGAUGUUUCAAACCACAUUUUAAAGUUUAUCUUAAACUUUAAAAAUAUCUUUUAACAUAAAUCAUUAAAAAUUUAUAAAAUUAUUUAUUCCAGAAAAUAAAAAAAUUAUUGUUUUACUAAUGU